AUGGACACUAACCCGACCACCAACACAAACACCCGCGAGAUCGUCUUCUGCCACGCCUGCGAGAACGAGUGGUACCGCGACGAAGACGGCCUCGUGUGCCCCGAAUGCCGAUCAGACUUCACCGAGAUCGUCGAGGCGAACAACGACCCGCGCGACGACGAACAGAACAUUCCUUCAGAGCCACACCCUCCGGGAGGCUUCUACGCCCCGGAUCCAGACGAGCAGGACAUCGGCGGGCUGCAGUGGGAACAGACAGGUCCGGAGACGUACAGGAUACGAGGACGGUAUGCAACGGAGGUUCCAUUAGGCCCAGGAGGGCAACCGCAAGGGCAGCAGCAGGCUGGUGGGUUGAUGGGGAUGGUGGGAGGGAUACUUCAGGGCAUGAUGGGCGGACAGGGAGAUGCGCCGGGUGACGAGCGACAGCCUGGCCAGCAAAGAUCACAACCGCAAUCGCCAAGCAGUCGACCGCCGUCAGCGCCUGGAUCACCAGCACCACCCGGCCAACAACCGCGCGGCGGCACCACCUUCACACAAGACGGCCGCGUCCAUCACCAUCCCCACUUCCACCACCACCACGGCCACGUUGGACCAUUCUCCUACACCUUUGCCUCCUCCUCCAACACAACCGGCCCCGGCGCCAUGCCAGGCCCUGGCCCGGACCUCUUCGGCAACCUCUUCCCCCGCAAUGCCUUCGCCGCGCAGCCCCAGCAACGCCAACCCGAGCCGAUAGAACAGAUGCUCAACGCCAUGAUGAUGAACAUCGGCGUCCCUCCCGGCGCGCAAGGCCAAAACCCCGGUCAAGCCCAGCCCAUCCCCGGCGGAGGUCCUAUGGGCCCCUUCGCCAACCUCUUCCAGCUCUUCGGCGCCCCUCCCGGGGGUGUCCACGGCGACGCAGUCUACUCGCAAGAAGGCCUCGACCGCAUCAUCAGCCAGCUUAUGGAGCAGCACCAAGCGGGCAACGCGCCGGGGCCGGCCUCCGCAGCUGCUAUCGCCAACCUGCCCUCCCGCCCCUUAACGCAGGAAGACCAAGGCGAGAACGGCAAAGCGGACUGUAGCAUCUGCAUGGACGAAGUCGAGCUGGGUACAAAAGUCACGGUCCUGCCGUGCGGACAUUGGUUCCACUUUGACUGUGUGAAGGCUUGGCUAGGCGAGCACGACACGUGUCCGCAUUGCAGGCAGGGGAUUAUGCCGAAGGAGGGGAGUGGUGGUGGGGAGGAGGCGCUGAAUGAUAUGCGGAAUCCGCCGGCGCCGAAUAUGCCUGGAGCAUUUCCUGGUGGGCAGGGGGAGGGGACGCAGGGGAAUCCGUAUGUGGUGUCUGGGAGUCCUGGACAAGCUAGAGGGGCCGGCGGUGCUAAUGCGGGGAUGUCGAGUAGGAUGCGUGAUGUCUUCGGUUCCGGCUCCGGCUCCGGCGGUAGUGGAAGUGGGGAGCAAGGGAGUAGUGGUUGA